UUUCUAACGUGACCUAAUUAAUUAAUUAAUAAUGAGGAAGAAUGCAGAGUCGACGUCGAAGCUGAUGAAUAUGAGGAAAGGACUAUGGUCGCCGGAGGAAGAUGAAAAGCUUUUAGGUUACAUGCUCGCCAACGGCCGUGGCUGCUGGACGGAGGUGGCCAGAAACGCCGGCUUACAAAGGUGCGGCAAGAGCUGCCGGCUCCGGUGGAUUAACUAUCUCCGGCCUGACCUUAAGAGAGGAGCCUUCUCCCCUCAGGAACAAGACCUAAUCAUCUAUUUGCAUUCCCUCCUUGGAAACAGGUGGUCACAAAUUGCUGCGAGUAUGCCCGGGCGAACCGAUAACGAGAUUAAGAAUUUCUGGAAUUCAACUAUGAAGAAGAGGCUAAAGAGUUCGCCUGUUUUGUGCUCUCCAAACGCAAGUGAUUCAUCAUUGGAAACCAAUGUUGUGGGAAGAAAUGACCAAUUCAUGUCCUUGGCAGAACAAAACCUUAUGGCAACUUACAUGGAUAUUGCCACUUCAUCUUCAUCAACAUCAUCACUAUCGUUUCCCCAACUUAUGUCCAUGCACCCACCAAAUCACGACUCACAACCCAUAUCUGAGUUUUCCUUAAACGCGUAUGACACAAUUAGUUAUAAUAACCACCAUGAACGUUUGUCUUGUGGGUCGACAUGCAUUCAAAGGAGUUGCGUUGAUCUUGGCUUGAUCUAUGGGAUUAAUGAAGAUAAUGCUUUUGGAAAUGCCAACAACAUUAAUGGAACUUAUGUGGAUAUCAUUGUUCCACCUUUAGAGACGAUAAGCAAUGAAACAAGCAUUGAUAUCGAGAAAUCUUUCAAUAGAAAUCCUAGUAUAGGGAGCAACAUUAAUAAUAUUGGUCAUAUCAAAGAGGAGAAAGUGUCACCGGGAUUGGAGGGUCUUUGGCAACAAGUAGAAGAAGAUGUAAAACUUGGGGAUUGGGACUUGGAGGAACUUCUUCAUAUGGAUUUCAAGGAAAGUAGUUAGUGAGUUUAUACACAAAGUAGGUUAUAUGGUUAGACACAUAUAUAUUUAAAUCUCUUACAAAGAUGGAAUUUCGUGGAUCUCGAUCCAAGCUCAUUUUAUACCGUCCAAAUAAAACAUUGUUAUAAAACGCGGACAAAAUAAAUACUUCUAUUCUUUGAAAGUAUUAUGUAUAUUGUGACAUGUAAAAUAUAUAAAUUCAA